UCCUAACUAAAACCCUAAUUUCCUCCUCCGACUGAGAAGAGCUACUCCAUGGAUCCCAACACCUCCAUGACCAUGAAUCCAAACACCACUUCUUCUUCAUCAUCCUCACUGGUAGUGUCACACCUUAUGAAUUCCUGUGGAUUAUCAGAAGAUCAAGCUCUGAAAGCUUCCAAGAAACUUAAUUUCAAAACCACAUCAAGGGCAGACAUUGUUAAAACCUUACUUGAAAGAUCUGGGUUUACUAAACCAGACAUCACCAAACUCAUCAUCAGAGCACCGAGAGCCCUUUUAUUUGCUAAACGUUCAAUUCUUAAGCACAAACUCGAUUAUUUCUUUUCUAAAGACAUUUCUAGACAGGAAGCUAUCAAGGCCUUGUCUCACAACCCAGGUAUUCUUUUUUUUUUUAGUUUAGAAUAUCGUAUCAUUCCUUGUUUCGAUUUCUUUAAGAGCAUUGUUGGUAAUGAUAGAGACACAAUUAAUACUAUCCGAAACGCAUUUGAGAUAAAAUCGUGUUAUAACAAGAGUAUGGAGGAAGUGGUGCUCAAAAACAUACAGGUUUUGAAAGAUGAAAAUGUCCCUGAGGAGAUUAUAAUCAAGUUUCUAAUCCAACAACCUUGGGUAUUUAUGAUUGGCACUGAGAGAUUUAAAGAGGCUGUGGAAGAGGUUAAAGGUAUGGGAAUUAAUCCUUCCAAAACUGCAUUUACAACUUCCAUUCGGAUGCCGGUAUCGUAUGCGAAAACGACAUUGGAAACUAAAUUGGAUGCUUUCAGGAAAUGGUGGUCAGAAGAACAAAUUCAAACUGCAAUUAGAAAACUGACUAGAUUUAUGGAAAUAUCUGUGAAGAAAUUUGAAGCUAUAAUGGAUUUUGCUGUGACCCAGAUGGGUUGUAGUCCAUCAAGUUUAGCUCUGCGUCCAUCAGUUUUUUAUCUCAACUUGGAGAAGAGGAUUAUACCCAGGUUUUCUAUUCACAAAAUUUUAAUCGCUAAAGGUUUGACUGGGAGUAAAGCAACCAUACUAACAAUUUUACAAUUGAAACAUGAAGUUUUCUUGAAGAGGUAUGUGAUCCCGUAUAAAGUUGAAGCUCCAGAAGUGUGGCAGAUUUAUAACCAAGCAUCAAAUAGGCAUGUCUUGAAGGACUCAAAAAAUGAAGAGGUAACUUUUUGUCCAGAAAGUUCUACGGAGAAUGUAGCAGCUCCACCAAAGGUAGCGAAAGUGGUUGACAAAAGUCAAACUGGCAAGCCUAAGAAUAAAGCUUUGGCCAGUGAUCUUAUGGAACAAGAUGAAGAGUUGGAGAAGGAAGAAGAAGCAAAUAAAGCCACAAAGCCUAAGAAGAUUUUGAGAAAGUCAAAGAAAAAAGUGGAGGAAAUGCAAGGUGGUGGUGCAAAGAAGGAUAAAGGAGAUCAUUCUAAUAUUGAAUUUGAUGAGGAAGAGAAGGAUAUGUCUAACAGAGAAGAAGAGAUUGCUGUUGUCCAUAUCGUCGGGAAAGUAUCAGAAGGUAGUCAAGCAAGUGGACUUAAGAGGAAAGUUUCGAAGAAAGUCACAAAGCCUAAGAAGGUUUUGAAAAAGUCAAAGAAGAAAAUUGAGGAAGUGCAAGGUAGUGCAGCCAAGAAGGAAGAGAAGGAUGCAUCUAAGGAAGAAGAAGAGAAUACUGCUCUUCCCAUGGUCAGGAAAGUAUUAGAAGAUGAAGAGUUGGAGAAGGAAGAAGAAGCAAAUAAAGCCACAGAGCCUAAGAAGAUUUUGGAGAAGUCAAAGAAAAAAGUGGAGGAAAUGCAAGGUGGUGGUGCGAAGAAGGAUAAAGGAGGUCAUUCUAAUAUUGAAUUUGAUGAGGAAGAGAAGGAUAAGUCUAACAGAGAAGAAGAGAUUGCUGCUGUCCCUAUCAUCGGGAAAGUAUCAGAAGGUAGUCAAGCAAGUGGGCUUAAGAGAGUACUGCUCUCCCCAUGGUCGGGAAAGUAUUAGAAGAUGAAGAGUUGGAGAAGGAAGAAGAAGCAAAUAAAGCCACAAAGCCUAAGAAGAUUUUGAUAAUGUCAAAGAAAAAAGUGGAGGAAAUGCAAGGUGGUGGUGCAGAGAAGGAUAAAGGAGGUCAUUCUAAUAUAGAAUUUGACGAGGAAGAGAAGGAUAUGUCUAACAGAGAAGAAGAGAUUGCUGCUGUCCCUGUCGUCGGGAAAGUAUCAGAACGUAGUCAAGCAAGUGGGCUUAAGAGGAAAGUUUCGGUCACAAAGUUCAAGAAGGUUUUGAAAAAAUCAAAGAAGAAAAUAGAGGAAGUGCAAGGUAGUGCAGCCUGGAAGGAAGAGAAGGAUACGUCUAAGGAAGAAGAAGAGAGUACUGCUUUCCCCAUGGUCGGGAAAGUAUUAGAAGAUAGUUCUAAGAAGAAUUUAGUGAUCAAUUUUGGUGUAGAAGCCCCUGAGCUAUUGCAGGUAUCGAAUAGGCAUGCUAUGGAGGACUCGCAAAGAGAAGAGGUGACUUUUUCUCCGAAAAUUCCUACAAAGACAGCUCCACCGAAGGUAGCAAAAGUGGCUGACAAAAGUCAAACUGGCAAACCUAAGAAGAAAGCUUCUUCCAGUGACCUCAUGGAACAAGAUGAAGAGUUGAAGAAGGAAGAAGAAGCAAAAAAAGGCACAAAGCCUAAGAAGAUUUUGAGAAAGUCAAAGAAAAAACUGGAGGAAGUGCAAGGUGGUGGUGCGAAGAAGGAUUGAGGAGCUUAUUCUAAUAUAGAAUUUAAUGAGGGAGAGAAGGAUAAGUUUGAGGAAGAAGAAGAGAUUGCCGCUAUCCCUAUUGUCGGGAAUAUAUUAGAACGUAGUCAAAUAAACGUGCUUAAGAGGAAGGUUGCUUUAGAUAAGGAGGAAGAUUCGAAGAAAGUUAAAAGGCCUAAGAAGAUUUUGGUAAAGUCAAAGAAAAAAGUAGAGGAAGUGCAAGGUGGUGCUGCGAAGGAGAAAGGUCACUCUAGUAUAGAAGUCGGUAAGGAAGAGAAGGAUAAGUCUAAGGCAGAAGAAGAGAUUGCUGCUGUCCCUAUGGUUGGGGAAGUAUUAGAAGGUUGUGAAGUAAGUACACUUAAGAGGGAAGUUGCUUUAAGUAAGGUUGAAGAUUCUAAGAAAGUCAAAAAGCCAAAAAAGGUUUUGAAAAAGUCAAAGAAAAAUGUAGAUAAAGUGCAAGGUAGUGCUAAGAAGGAACAGGAGGAUAAGGCGAAGGAAGUAGGAGAGCUUGCUGCUGUCCCUAUGGUUGAAAAAGUAUUAGAAGAGAAGGAUAAGUCUAAGGCAGAAGAAGAGAUUGCUGCUGUCCCUAUGGUUGAGGAAGUAUUAGAAGGUUGUGAAGUAAGUACACUUAAGAGGAAAGUUUCUUUAAGUAAGGAUGAAGAUUCUAAGAAAGUCAAAAAGCCAAAGAAGGUUUUGAAAAAGUCUAAGAAAAAAGUAAAUGAAGUGCAAGGUAGUGCUAAGAAGGAAGAGGAGGAUAAGGCUAAGGAAGUAGGAGAGCUCGCUGCUGUCCCUGUGGUUGAAAAAGUAUAAGAAGAUAGUCAAAUUAGUGUGCUUUAAGAGGAAAGUUGCUUCAGAGAAGGUGGUGCAGUCGAAGAAAGCCAAAAGGCCUAUAAAAAGAAGUCUGUGAUCAAGUAUGACGUAGAAGUCCUGAGCCGUUGCAGAUGGAUGCCACCACCCCUAAGUACUCGAAGACCAGGAACAAUGAAGGAGGUCUCGUAUUACUUGAAGAAGGUUGGAUACAACCCAGACAGAAUUUCCUUUGUUCCUAAUCUCUGAGUUCCAGGGAGACAACAUGAUUGAGAGGUCCGCCAACCUCGCCUGGUACAGGGAGAUAACAUGAUUGUGAGGUCUGCCAACCUCGCCUGGUACCCUCCGACAAGCCCCUAGGUCUUCCACUUCAGGAUGUUUACAAUAUUGGAGGUAUUGGAACUGUGCCAUUGGGUUGAUCACUGAAGUUCAGUCUGUGGAGAUGCACCACGGAGCCCUUCAAGAAGCUCUUCCAGGAGACAAUGUUGGGUUCAAUCAUCCAUGUCAAGAAUGUUGCAGUGAAGAUCUCAAGCGUGGCUUCGUCGCCUCUUAACUCCAAGGAUGACUGCCAGGGAGGCCACCAACUUCACCUCCCAGGUCAUCAUCGUGAACCAUCAUGGUCAAAUCGGUGAUGGUUGUGCCCCAGUUUUUGACUGUCACACAUCUCACAUUGCUGUUAAGUCCGCUGAGAUCCUCACCUAGAUUGAUAGGCGAUCUGGAAAAGAGCCCAAGUUCUUGAAGAAUGGUGAUGCCGGUAUUAUCAAGAUGCUUCCAACCAAGCCCAUGGUUGUUGAGACCUUGUCUCAGUGCCCUCCUCUUGGACGUUCCACUGUCAGAGACACGAGGCAGACAGUUGCUGGUUGGUGUCAUCAAGGAAGUUGAGAAGGACGACCCAACAGGAGCCAAGGUUACCAAAAGUCUGCUGUCGAGAAGAAAUUAAGUGAGCUUUUAACUAGAGGGAAUGGUACUUAGAGGGUCGGCAGGAGGGAUUUGUCUUUAUUUCUUUGCUAGGAAUAAGCUUUAUUGUGGGAUUUUGUUGAUUAGGUAUCAGUGCAGUCUUCUGUUUUUCUUCGCCUUUGUUUUGUUGUGCAUCCAGUUGCAAACCACUUUGAGACCUUUGAAAUGACUAAAUCAGCAACUG